ACGCCUACGUCCGGGGAAGGGCUUUGCCGCCGUACCAGAAAUCAUUCCCAAGGAUCCCGUCAGGUUUACGCGGUAGGACAGUGGCGGGACCUGGAACCCAGGACACUGGAGAUAUUCCUGGACUCCUGAGAUCGCCCCCUUCUCCAGCGACUUCUGGGGUCCCGUAGCAGCAUGGCUCGGAUUUCCGGCUCGCGCAGCCCGGAAACAUCUGGCUCUGGGGGAAAACGUCGCAGUUCAUCUAGGAGCCCCAAGUCCAACAAAUCUGCCCGUUCUCCGCGGGGCCGCCGCUCUCGCUCGCACUCCUGCUCUCGAUCCGGGGACCGGAAUGGCCUCAGUCACCAUCUCAGUGGCCUCAGUCACAGCUCAAGAAACCAGUCCUACCGCUCCCGCUCGCGCUCACGUUCUCGAGAGCGGCCCUCUGCGCCGCGCGGCAAUGCCUUCGCUUCUGCCUCCUCGUCCGCCUAUUAUGGCGGCUACUCGCGCCCCUAUGGGAGCGACAAGCCGUGGCCCAGCCUCCUGGACAAGGAGAGAGAGGAAAGCCUGCGACAGAAGAGAUUAAGUGAGAGAGAAAGAAUUGGGGAAUUAGGAGCUCCUGAAGUGUGGGGACUUUCUCCAAAGAAUCCUGAACCAGACUCUGAUGAACAUACACCAGUAGAAGAUGAAGAGCCGAAGAAAAGUACUACAUCAGCUUCUUCCUCAGAAGAUGAAAAGAAAAAGAAGAAGAAAUCUAAUCAUUCAAAAGAAAGGUCCAAGAAAAGGAGAAAGAAAAAAUCCUCUAAAAGAAAACAGAAGAAGUAUUCUGAAGAUAGUGACAGUGACUCUGACUCGGAAACAGACUCCAGUGAUGAAGACACAACAAGGAAAGCAAAGAAAAACAAGAAAAAAGAAAAGAAGAAGAAACACAGAUCGAAGAAAUAUAAGAAAAAGAAAUCUAAAAAGAACAGAAAGGAGGAGUCCAGUGAUUCAAGCUCUAAAGAGUCCCAAGAAGAGUUUCUGGAGAAUCCCUGGAAGGAUCGAUCAAAGGCUGAAGAACCUUCGGAUUUGAUUGGCCCCGAGGCUCCAAAAACACUUGCUUCUCAAGAUGAUAAACCUCUGAACUAUGGUCAUGCUCUGUUACCUGGUGAAGGUGCAGCUAUGGCUGAAUAUGUAAAAGCUGGAAAACGUAUUCCACGAAGAGGGGAAAUCGGCUUGACAAGUGAAGAAAUUGCAUCAUUUGAAUGUUCAGGUUAUGUAAUGAGUGGUAGCAGGCAUCGCCGCAUGGAGGCUGUGCGACUCCGAAAAGAGAACCAGAUCUACAGUGCUGAUGAGAAGAGAGCCCUUGCCUCCUUUAACCAAGAAGAGAGACGGAAGAGGGAGAACAAAAUUCUGGCCAGUUUUCGAGAGAUGGUAUAUAGAAAGACCAAAGGGAAGGAUGAUAAGUAAAGGUUUUCUGAUUAUCCAGGAGACUUCUGAAACAAAAAUGAAAAUCUGGAUAUCAUCCAUACACACACAAAGAUACUUGUGCUCUGAAAAAGCUUUACAGUGCUACUGUGCCUUCUAUUUAAUUCUUUCACUCCUUCAGUAAAAAACUGUUCAUUGAUACAACUUAAGCAAGUA